UUUAAUGUAAACACCAGGUCUAGUUAUGACUUGUGUUUAUGACCUUGGCUUAUCAACAUAGCUCAUUUAUCUCAGUGUAGCCUGACGUGUGUAACACAGAGCUCGCUGUCUGCUGCUCACGGUAGGAGGCACACAACGAUUAUGCCCCUGUCUGUCUGUCGCAAGGCAACGUUCCACACACCAUCGAGAAAAAUGACCCACAACGAACAAAGUCACUGGGGAUACCAAUAGAAUAAAAGACCAUGGCCUUUUCAACGACGUCUCUGUUCCUUGUCGUCAAUGUUGCGAUCCUCGGCAUCGUCUUCAGAUACUUUGCCGUACCAGAGGACGACAAAGGAGUUCUAUCUCCCGAUCUGAGAACGUCUUAUGACUAUAUCAUAGUUGGGGCAGGGUCUGCAGGAUCUGUUCUGGCGUCCCGUCUGUCCGAGAAUGGUCACGUGAAUGUCCUGCUGCUUGAGGCUGGUGGUGAUGACCGAAACCAGGAGACACUGGACACUCCUCUGUUCCUAACCUCGAACCAGAAAGGAAAAUUUGACUGGGCCUAUUUGACUGAACCCCAGCAACAUGCCCAUUUAGGACUAAUAGACAAGAGGGGAGCAUGGCCACGUGGUAGAGUCUUGGGAGGAAGCAGUCAGUUAAAUUAUAUGCAGUACAUCAGAGGUCAUCGCCUUGACUACGAUAGCUGGGCUGCCAAAGGAGGUGAUGGAUGGAGUUACCAAGAUGUUCUCCCGUACUUUAAAAAGUCGCAAGACAUACAAAUUGAGAGAUUAAAAACAUCAGAAUAUCAUGGUCACGGGGGUCCGCUGGUUGUGACGGAAGUGAAUGCAUUUCCGAUCGCUGACUACUUCGUCAAGGCGGGGACUGAACUCGGUUACAAGGAAACAGACUUCAAUGGAGAAAACCAGGAAGGAUUUAGCAGAUCGCAGGUGUCAAUCGGGAAUGGUGAACGUAUGAGUGUUUCCAAGAGGUUCCUGUGGCCAGUGAUAGACAGGCCGAAUUUGCACGUUCUGGUCAACAGUCACGUCACAAAGGUAAUAAUAAACCAGAAGACAGCAGUUGGUGUUGAGUACGUCAGAGAUGGCCGCCUCCACAGAGUGAGAGCAUCAGGGGAGGUAAUCCUGUCAGGCGGUGCAAUAGGGUCAGCACAGCUGCUGAUGUUGUCUGGGAUAGGACCAAAGAAACAUUUGGAAGACAUGAAGAUACCAGUUAUAGCAAACCUCCCAGUUGGUGAAAACUUACAGGACCACAUGUGUCUCCCAAUGGUGUCGACAAUUCAGAAGCCUCUUUCCCUCACACAGAAGAAGAAAGAAUCAUUCCUUAGUUUACUCGAAUAUUAUGCAUUCAGAUCAGGGUACCGCACUUCAAGCGGCGGUAUGGAAGCCAUGGCAUUUGUCAAGACCAAAUCCGACGAGCCAAGUCCAGAUGUUCAGUUUCAUUUCGUCUGUUCUUGCAUGGAUAGCCAUCUCGCCCGUCUGUUUAACAUUGACCAAAAGAUAGUCGAACAUUUCGACUGGACUUCUACCGAAGAAGGAUUCACGAUCUUUCCAACUCUACUCCGUCCAAAGAGCGUUGGAACAAUCCGCCUAAGAAGCACCAACCCAUUCGAGUAUCCUGUCAUCGACCCCAACUACCUGUCUCAUCCUGAUGACAUGAAGGUCUUACUUAGAGGAAUUCGCGUCGUCCAGAAACUUCAUCAGACCAAGGCUUUCAAGGAAAUAGGAGCCAAGCUUAAUGACAGGCGUUUCCCGACGUGCAACACUAUGAAGUACGACACUGAUGCAUACUGGGAGUGUUACAUCCGGGCACUGGCCACAACGCUCUACCAUCCAACCACCACGUGCAAGAUGGGGAAGCCAAGUGACCCCACUACAGUGGUGGAUCCUCAACUGAGAGUAAAGGGCAUUGCUGGACUGCGAGUUGCUGACGCCUCCAUCAUGCCCGACGUCAUAUCAGGAAACACAAACGCGCCCAGCAUCAUGAUAGGAGAGAAGGCGGCGGACAUGAUCCUAAAUACAAAAUAAGGCUCCUAAUAAACUAAAGUACUGCUUAUUGUUGAUCUUAAUUCUGAGCAUGCAUAACAUGGAAAUGUUAAAUACAAUGUAUCUUGAACUUACUAAACAGACAUUUUGUUAAAUGGAUACAUAUCAUAUUGUUUGUCAAUAAAUAUUCUGUUUGAUACAAUAAAAAUAUUCAAAACGGCA